AUGAACAACUAUGAGUUACCUAAUGAUGUAUCUUGGUACUGCUUAGUGAGAUGGCUAUCAAUAAGCAAUGUUCUUGGCAGUUUUUUUGAGUUACUUGAUCCAAUCAAACAGUUUAUGGAAGAAAAAGGAAAAUCUUUUCCUGAACUUAAUGAACCCCAGUGGUUGUUACAUUUGGCUUUUUUACAGAUGUGGUUCAACCUUCAGACAAAAACAUUUGCUCACUUCAAAUGUUUGAAGAAAAUUAGUGAAAGUUUUCCCGACAUUCCGGUGGAAACUGAAGAAUAUAUGAAUAAGAUGUCAGGCCUUGCUGAAGAAAUCAAUCGCAGAUUUAAUGAUUUAAGAUCACUUAAACCUUCAUUUUCAUUCCUGGAAAAUCCUUUUGCUGUUGAUGUUGUGAGCGAUGGAUGUCCUAUUUCAUCACCAAUAACAAAGGAUACAGCAGCUGUAGAGUUGGAGUUACUAGAACUGCAAGAAGACGAAGGACUAAAAGGACUUAAACGAAGUGGCGUUUCAACCAUAGAAUUUUGGAAAAAUGUCCCAGAAGAAAAAUACCCACAAACAAAAAUGUGUGCUAUGAAACUUAUUUCAAUCUUUGGCACUACUUAUGUGUGUGAAUCAUUGUACUCAACUUUAAAAUUCAUUAAAUCCAAAUAUCGAUCUGAACUAAUUGAUGAACAUUUAAGUGAACUUGUGCGAACUGCGCUUACAAAUUAUUAUCAGUAA